GCAGCUCACCCGUCACAAAGCGGAUUUUAGCUAUAAAAUGAAAAAAAAAACUUUUUUUAUCUUGAUUGUUUCUUUUUAAUAAAAGCUUCAACCCUUCUAUAUACUAACUAGCUAUACAGACAAUGACUGUUACAUCAGGAUUCGGUACUCGUGCUGUGCACGCUGCUCAAAGACCUGAUCCUACAACUGGUGCUGUUAUUCCUGCCCUCUCUCUUUCUACUACAUACAAGCAGUCUGCAGCUGGUGUUCAUACAGGCUUCGAAUAUUCUCGAUCUGGCAAUCCCAACCGUAAUAACUUUGAAGAAGCCAUUGCUGCCCUUGAAGGCGGCAAAUAUGGUCUUGCUUUUGCUUCUGGUUCUGCUACGACUGCUACUAUUGUCAACUCUUUAGAAAGCGGUUCUCACUUGAUUUCUGUCAAUGAUGUUUACGGUGGUACCUACCGUUAUUUCACCAAAGUUGCUGUCAACCUUGGCAUCGAAACCACUUUUGUCAACUUGAGCGAACCCGCUAAUAUUGAAGCUUACUUCAAGCCAAAUACCAAGCUCGUUUGGCUUGAAACUCCCACCAAUCCCACACUUCGUGUCAUUGAUAUUCAAGCCAUUGCUGAACGUGCUCAUGCUCACGGUGCUACCUUGGUUGUCGAUAACACUUUCAUGUCCCCUUAUUUCCAAAACCCUCUUGCUUUAGGCGCUGAUAUUGUCGUCCACUCUGUUACCAAGUAUAUUAACGGUCACUCUGAUGUUGUCAUGGGCGUUGCUGUCACUUCCAACGAAGAUUGGCACAAGAAGUUGGCCUUUAUGCAAAACUCUCUUGGUGCUGUUCCUUCCGCUUUCGACUGUUUCAUGGCUCGUCGUGGUCUCAUGACUCUCGAAGUCCGUAUGCAACGUCAUGCUGAAAAUGCUCAAGCUGUUGCUGAAGCUUUGCAAGAGAACGAACACAUUGAAGAAGUCAUUUACCCUGGUCUUACCUCCCAUCCCAACCAUGAAUUGGCCAAGAGACAACAAAGAGGCUUUGGUGGUAUGAUCUCUUUCCGUCUUAAGGGUACUUUGGAUAACGUUAACAAGUUUUUGAGCCGUCUGGAACAUAUUACUUUGGCAGAAUCCUUGGGUGGUGUUGAAUCUUUGGUUGAAGUUCCCGCUAUCAUGACUCAUGGUUCUGUUAGCCCUGAAGAUCGUGCUGCUUUAGGUAUCACUGAUACUUUGGUUCGUAUGUCCAUUGGUAUCGAAAACAAGGAAGAUUUGAUUGCCGAUAUUCAACAAGCCUUAAAGGGCGCCUUCUAGUUUAUACGCAUAUUCAUCGUUUAUCUUCAUGACUACUACCUUCUAUUUUUUUUCCAUUUUCCCUAUUUAUAUUCAUAUUAUUAUUAAUCAUACGGUUUGAUUUACCCUUUACUUGUUAAUCAUGUAAAACCUCUCACAACCCAGCCUCAUUUUAUUCUAUUUUGCUUUUGAAAUUUUGUAUGUAGACUUUUUUUUUUUUGUAAUAGACUUUAUUAAAGCAAAAUA